UCGUCGGAUGUGCAUCAAGAUAAAAUGAGAAUGGCCCUGUUUUAAUGGUGCUUCUUAAAUGCGGCAAAUGGGUACCUUAUUUUGGUUUUCUGGCCUAACCGUAUCCACAAUGGAAAUUUGAAAUGUUUUCCUGCAACGCCAUUUAGAUAUUUGAAGAGGACAGAUAAAGAAUUAGAGAAGUAAACCAAGUCAAUCAUGGAUUCCGUUUCUAGGGCUGCUUGCAAUGGAGUGAAUGAAAAGAGAGCUAUCUCUCUGCUGGCUGAGACUCAUGGAAAGCAGGUUUUGAAAGUACUUCAGAACUUCCGGGAGCAGAACAUAUUCUUUGAUUUCACAAUAUUUGUCAAAGGAGAAAAGUUCCCAUGUCAUAGGUGUAUUCUUGCUGCAUGCAGUGAUUUUUUCAGAGCCAUGUUUGAAGUUCACAUGAGGGAAAGGGAUGAUGGAAGUGUAAAAAUCACUAAUUUAUCUCCGGAGGCUGUGAGGGCAUUUCUGGAUUUUGCUUACACAGGGCAUGCAGAGAUAUCUGAGACCAAUGUUGAAAUGUUCUUUCAGAUGUCUUCAUUUCUUCAAGUAUCCUUGCUAGCUAAAGCCUGCAGUGAUUUUCUUAUCAAAACCCUUGAUCUCGCCAAUUGCUUACAACUUUUGUCUUUGUCUGAGAGUUAUGGUUCUACUGCUUUGUACAAUCAUGCUUUGUUAUUUGUGGUGCAGCAUUUCUCUCUUCUGUUAAAAUCAAAUGACUUCUUAGAAAUGAAUGCUGGAUUGCUAGAAAAAUGUCUUGAAGCAGAUACAUUGAAUGUCCCUGAUGAGGACACUGUUCUGAAUGCUCUUCUUCUCUGGACUCGAUAUGAUGCUGAUUCAAGAGAAAAACACUUGCCUCAGUUGAUUAAUCUGGUAAGGUUGCAUCAGCUAUCCAAAGAAACCCUGAAAGAUUUUAUGGAAUCUGAAAGCUUAUUAGUAAAUAAUCCUGAAUGCAUAGAAUCCCUCAAUGAUGCUCUGAACAAACUUGAAGAGUUUAAUGGGCUCUUUCCUGAUGCAAGACCAUCCACAACAGAGAAAUACAUAAUUGUUCACAAAACAGAAGAAAGCAGCAUGGUUAAGCAUACAUUUUGUUACAACAUUGAGAGUGAUACCUGGAAGGAAUUACCUGCUACAAAUAUUAUUGAUUUUCCAGGAUCAAGUUUGGUCACCUUUGGAGAAAAAAUAUUUAUUACGGGAGGAUGUAAUGCUAGUUGCAGUAGAUCCAUACGACUCCAUAUUGCAGAAAGAUGUCAUGAUGCAACUGAUCAGACGUGGUGCUACUGUCCAAGGACAAACAACUUCAAUGUAGUUUCAUCAAUGAAAAACACUCGGACCAUGCACACAUCAGUUAUUGCAAUGAACCAGCUUUUUGUAGUAGGUGGAAAAACAAGAGGAGCAAGAGAAAUACGGAGCCUUUUAAAUGUUGAAUCCUACAAUCCUCUUACGAAAGUAUGGAAAUCGGUGAGCCAUUUGCCGAGAGGAAUUUAUUAUCCAGAAGCAAGUGCCUGCAAUGACAUUAUAUAUGUCCUUGGAUCUGAGGUGGAAAUAGCUGAUAUCUUCAAUCCCUCAUUGGAUUGUUUCUUCAAAUACAACGUGUCUUCAGAUCAAUGGUCAGAACUUGUUGCAGAAUUUGGCCAGUUUUUUCAUGCUACUCUAGUGAAAGCUGUCCCAGUAAAUUGCAUUUUGUAUAUUUGUGAUCUCUCUACUUACAAAGUGUACAGUUUUUGUCCAGAUACCUGUGUUUGGAAAGGUGAGGGCUCAUUUGAAUGUGCAGGUUUCAAUGCUGGAGCUGUUGGGAUUGCAGAUAAAAUUUAUAUUUUGGGUGGGGAUUAUGCUCCCGAUGAAAUUACAGAUGAGGUACAAGUCUACCACAGUAGUAGAUCUGAAUGGGAGGAAGUAUCACCAAUGCCCAGAGCUUUAACAGAGUUUCACUGUCAAGUGAUUCAGUUCAAUAGAUACCAAGAUCCGUGGAAAACUCAAUUAUAAUGCCUGUUGUUAAUUGACAAAUUAUUUAGUCCAACUAUUUAUUUAAAUUUUAUUUGUUAUUUAAAUUCUGUUUUUAAUUUUAAAAAAUAUUAAUUUCCAAGCACACCUUUUUCUCCCUGCAUUUAACCCCCUUUAUUUAUUUAUUUGUGGAUGUUGAUGUUACAGGCAAUGCCAGCAUUUGUUGUCCAACCCUAAAACAUCUCUAAAAUCCCUGAAGCCUAAUGCAGACAAGAGUGAGGUGAUGCACUUUGGGAGGACGAACCAGGGUAAGACUUGCACAGUGAAUGGUAGGGCACUGAGGUGUGUGGUAGAACAAAGGGACCUGGGAAUACAGAUCCAUAGUUCCCUGAAAGUGGCAUCACAGGUAGAUAGAGUCGUAAAGAGAGCUUUUGGCACAUUGGCCUUCAUAAAUCAGGGCAUUGAGUACAGGAGUUGGGAUGUUAUGUUGAAGUUAUAUAAGACGUUGGUGAGGCCAAAUUUAGAGUAUUGUGUGCAGUUCUGGUCACCUACCUACAGGAAAGAUAACAAUAAGCUUGAAAGAGUGCAGUGAAAAUUUACAUGGCUGUUGCCGGGACUUGAGAACCCGAGUUACAGGGAUAGGUUGAAUAGGUUAGGACUUUAUUCCCUGGAGUGCAGGAGAAUGAGGGGAGAUCGUAUAGAAGUAUACAAAAUUAUGAGGGGUAUAAAUAAGGUGAUUGCAUGCAGGUUUUUUCCCCUGAGGUUAGGUGAGACUAGAACUAGAGGUCAUAGGUUUUGGGUGAAAGGUGAAAUAUUUAAGGUGAAUCUGAGGGGGAACUAUUUCACUCAGAGGGUGGUGCAAGUAUGGAGUGAGCUGCCAGCGUAAUUGGUGGAUGUGGGUUCAAUUGUAACAUUUAAGAGAAGUUUGGAUAGGUACAUGAAUGAAAGAGGUAUGGAGGGCUAUGGUCCGGGUGCAGGUAGAUGGGACUAGGCAGAAAACCAGGCUGGCAUGGACUAGAUGGCCGAAGGGCCUAUUUCUGUACUGUAGUGUUCCAUGACACUAUGCCCCUGAAAUGAGGGAUAAAUUAAGAGCCAACAACAUUGAAAUGCCUAGAAUCACAUCAGGAUGGCAGAUUUCCAUUCCCCAAAAGAUAUCAAUGAACCAAAUGGGUUUUUGUGACAAUUCAGUUGUUUCAUAGUUACUGUUACUAAGACCAGUUUUUUUAAUUUCAGAUUUUAUUUAAUUACUUGAAUUUUCAAUUCAACAGGUUGUGUGCCUGAGUCAGAUUUGUGCCUCUACAUCAGUAGAGAAUUUUGACUGCCAGCCCAGACCUUUAACUGUUAACUAUACCACCAUGCAUCUUGGCUAGUGGCUGGGAUAUAAUUCCAUGGACACGGUAGCUGUUUGGUUCCUUAUCCACUGAUCUUUCCUCAACUUGAGUUCUAUGUCAUUAAUUUUGGCAGGCUAUUUGACAGUGCUAUCCAUCAGACCAAAGCUUAAUCCUUUUAUCAUUUAAAAUGGCUAUUCAUGCAUUUUGUAGCAUACAUCAGUGGAGAAAUUCAAAACUCGUAGUAGUUUUUUCCCCCUUGGCAUAGGAACACUCUGGGUUUAAUUUUUGUUGUUUUCAACAUCUGUAGAGCACAUAUAAUAAAUGUAAUUAGUGAGCACCCAUUUGUCACGGUUGUGAUAUAUAGCCUCCCCCUCCCCCACCAGCUGAUUUAGGCAAGUAUUUUGAAGAAUAAAUGCAUUUCAAAGAGAAAUGUUCUUUCACCCAGAAAAAAAUAGUGGCUGGUUAUGUGAAUUUGUAAGGCUUUUAAUGACCCACAAAAUGAAUUCUCUGAUUCCGUGUCAUAGCAAUGGUGUUUCUGGUGAGCAGCUUCAGACAUGAGUAUACAUUUUCAUUCUUUUAAAUUGCACC